AUUGCUCAUGUCAUUCCAACGCCUUUCGAUUUUGACAAGUACAACGGCACGCUAGUAUUGCACGAGUGAUUUCAUUUAGCUGUGAAAAAGUUCAAUAAAAAUUUAAAAAAAUGUUUGGAGGACAACAACCAAUACUUGUGUUAAGCCAAAACACAAAGCGUGAGUCGGGCCGGAAAGUUCAGCUGGAGAAUAUCAAUGCCGGAAAAGCGAUUGCGGAUGUUAUUCGCACUUGUCUAGGGCCGCAGGCAAUGCUGAAAAUGCUUAUGGAUCCCAUGGGAGGCAUCGUGAUGACAAAUGAUGGCAAUGCCAUUCUGCGUGAAAUCACCGUACAACAUCCAGCUGCCAAGAGUAUGAUUGAAAUUGCUCGUACACAAGACGAGGAAGUUGGUGAUGGUACUACCUCUGUAAUCGUGUUGGCCGGAGAAAUGCUAGCGGCUGCUGAGCCAUUUUUGCAACAACAAAUCCAUCCAACAGUCAUUAUUCGUGCAUACCGUGAGGCUUUGGAAGACAUUAUAAAACACUUGCAAACGGAUUUGAGCGUGCCACUUGACGUGAACAAUAAAGAGAAAAUGGCUGAAGUUGUUAAAGCUUGUGUAGGCACAAAGUUCAUUGGUAAAUGGUCUGAUUUAGCAGUGAAAAUUGCGUUGGAUGCUGUUCAAACUGUAGCAUUGAAUGAAAAUGGUCGUUUGGAGGUUGACAUCAAGCGAUAUGCAAAAGUAGAGAAAAUUCCUGGUGGUAGCAUCGAUGAGUCAAGCGUCUUGAAAGGUGUUAUGUUAAACAAGGAUGUUACGCACCCUAAGAUGCGACGUUACAUUGAAAAUCCCAGAAUUGUACUGCUGGAUUGCUCACUUGAAUAUAAAAAAGGCGAAAGUCAAACAAAUGUAGAGAUAAUUGGUGAACAAGAUUUCACCCGCAUGCUUCAGAUCGAGGAGGAGUUUGUGCAACGCAUAUGUUCUGAUAUUAUUGCCGUAAAACCAGACAUUGUAUUCACUGAAAAGGGCGUUUCUGACUUGGCGCAGCACUACUUGCUGAAAGCCGGUAUUACAGCAAUUCGGCGUUUACGCAAAACUGAUAAUCUUCGUAUUGCCCGUGCUUGUGGUGCUACAAUUGUGAAUCGCACAGAAGAGUUAACGGAAAAGGACGUUGGCACUGGCGCGGGUCUUUUUGAAAUCAAGAAAAUCGGCGAUGAAUACUUCACAUUUAUAACCAACUGCAAGGACCCAAAAGCGUGUACCAUACUACUUCGUGGUGCAUCAAAAGACAUUCUAAACGAAACUGAACGCAAUUUGCAAGAUGCUUUGCAUGUAGCACGAAACUUAAUUUUGGAACCACGUUUGGUUGCUGGUGGCGGUGCCAUUGAAAUGGCUGUGUCUCAGUUAUUGUCGCGUAAGCAAUUAAAGGGACCAUAUACUGCUGUGGCACAAGCUUUGGAGAUCAUUCCUCGUACUUUGGCUCAAAAUUGCGGCGCAAAUACCAUUCGUACUUUAACUGCCUUGCGUGCCAAGCAUGCUUCACAUUCAGGAGAUGGAGUCUGCGCAUGGGGCAUCGAUGGCGAAUCUGGUCAAAUUGUGGAUAUGAAUGUAAAAGGUAUCUGGGAGCCUUUAGCCGUAAAAAUGCAGACUUACAAAACUGCUGUCGAGACAGCCAUUUUGUUAUUGCGUAUCGACGAUAUUGUAUCCGGAUCGAAAAAGCGUGGCGAUGAUAUUGUGAAUCCAGCUGCUGCAGCUCAGGGACAGGAAUAAUGAUUAUAAUCAAACAAAAACAAAAAUCGUAUUACCACUUCAAUGUCACUAACAGUUAAUAAUUUAUAUUAAAACACACAUUUUGCUUUGCUUGAAAAAAUCAAAAAUAUUAAAAUAUUUUUUAAAUUCAUUGUGUUUUUGUUAAACACAACUUUACCUCUUUAUCCAUACUUACACAUUUGUUUAGGUUUACUUUAAAGAGGAAGAAAAUAAUCUUCAAGUUGCGGUAUAAAUGAUUUAUUGUACGCUUACAUAUACGCAAUUUAUACUUCUCAUUAACAUUCAAAAAUAAAAAUACUUAAAUUUA